CACUCUUGAUUAGCAUUAAGUGUUGCCAAAACACUGGUCCAAAACAAGGAAGCUUGACAGGUUACUGCCUUUUGCUAGUGCUACAGGCAACCCACAUGUGAAGAUGAGCGUCCCAGACUACAUGCAAUGUGCCGAGGACCACCAGACAGUACUAGUGGUGGUCCAGCCGGUUGGCAUAGUACCCGAGGACCAGUUCUUCAGGAUCUACAAACGCAUCGCCAGCGUGAGCCAGGUGAGCAUCAGAGACUCGCAGCGCCUCCUCAUCCGCUACCGCCACCACUAUCUGCCCGAAAACAACGAGUGGGGAGACUUCCAGACGCACCGCAAGGUGGUGGGCCUCAUCUCCAUCACCACCUGCGCCUCGGCCAAGGAGUGGCCCCAGACCGCCGAGCGCUUCCACGGACAGAAGGAGGUGUACAGCUCCACGCUGUACGAUUCGCGCUUGCUGGUGUUCGGGCUGCAGGGAGACGUGGCAGAGCAGCCGCGGACGGACGUGGCCUUCUACCCCAGCUUUGAAGACUGCCCGGAUGUGGAGAAGAGAGUGGACGACUUUGUGGGGUCGAUAUUUAUUGUUCUGGAGUCCAAGCGGCUUGACCGGGCCACGGACAAGUCGGGCGACAAGAUACCACUGCUCUGUGUGCCCUUUGAGAAGAAGGACUUUGUGGGUUUGGACACGGAUAGCAGUCCUGUGAGUUUAUUAUUGGGUGUGAAAAGGCAUUAUAAAAAGCGUUGCCAGGGGCGGAUGAGGAAGCAUGUCGGGGACUUGUGUCUCCAGGCAGGCAUGCUGCAGGACGCCCUGGUCCACUACCACAUGGCUGUGGAGCUGCUCAGGGGGGUUAAUGACUUCCUCUGGCUGGGUGCUGCGUUGGAGGGUUUGUGUUCAGCCUCUGUCAUAUUCCACUACCCUGGAGGCACGGCGGGGAAGACAGUCGCACGCAAGCCAAGCAUCUCCCAGCCGGCAGACGCAGGGAAACGCCACAGACCAGGGGCUCAGGAGGUUCUCAUUGACCCAGGUGCCCUCACAGCCAACGGCAUUAGUGCAGACACCAGCACUGAGAUUGGACGUGCAAAGAACUGCCUGAGUCCUGAGGACAUUAUCGAGAAAUACAAAGAGGCCAUCUCCUACUAUGGAAAGUAUAAGAACGCAGGCGUGAUCGAGCUGGAGGCCUGUGUGAAAGCGGUCAGGGUGCUGGCCAUUCAGAAGAGAGCCAGGGAGGCCUCUGAGUUCCUGCAAAACGCUGUUUACAUCAACCUGGGACAGCUCUCAGAAGAGGAGAAAAUCCAACGCUACAGUAUCCUGUCCGAGCUCUACGAACUGAUCGGCUUCCAUCGCAAGUCUGCGUUUUUCAAGCGCGUUGCAGCCAUGCAGUGUGUGGCUCCCACCAUCCCAGAGCCUGGCUGGAGGGCCUGCUACAAGCUGCUGCUGGAGACGUUGCCUGGAUACAGCCUGUCACUUGAUCCCAAAGACUUCAGCAAAGGUACCCACCGAGGCUGGGCUGCUGUUCAGAUGCGCCUCUUACAUGAGCUGGUGUACGCCUCCCGUCGCAUGGGCAACCCCGGCCUGUCUGUGCGCCACCUGUCCUUCCUGCUGCAGACCAUGCUGGACUUCCUGUCCGAUCAAGAGAAGAAAGAGGUGACCCAGAGUCUGGAGAACUACACCUCCAAGUGUCCGGGUGGAAUGGAGGUCAUCACGCUUCCUGAUGGCCUGAAGCUCCCUCCAGUGCCCUUCACAAAGCUCCCCAUUGUCCGAUCAGUGAAGCUCCUCAAUCUGCCCGUCAGUCUGCGUCCUCACAAAGUGAAAGGCCUGCUGGGACAGAAUAUGUCCACCGCCAGCCCCUUCAUCUACUCGCCAAUCAUCAUGCACAACAGAGGAGAGGAGCGUUGUAAGAAGAUAGACUUCCAGUGGGUUCAAGGAGAUGUUUGUGAAGUACAGCUCAUGGUCUACAACCCCAUGCCUUACGAAUUGCGUGUUGAGAACAUGGGUUUGCUGACCUCUGGAGUGGAGUUUGAAUCCCUGCCUGCUGCGCUUUCCCUGCCUGCAGAGUCUGGCCUGUACCCCGUCACUCUGGUUGGCGUCCCACGUACGGCUGGCAACAUCACAGUCAAUGGUUACCACACGUCAGUGUUUGGUGUAAACAGCGAUUGCCUGUUGGAGGGCCUGCCUGCUGUGAAGACUAGUGGCUGUUUGGUGGAGGUCAUUCCCUCCCUUCCUCGUCUCCAGCUCAGCACAUCACUACCACGGUCAGCCUACACGCCUCAGCCAACAUCCAAAGAGGAACUGUCCAGCACCGUGUCCGUACAGCUUUUCAACGGGGAGACCCAGCAGCUGACCAUCACCUUGGAGAACAUUGGAUCUGAGGACAUCGAGACUCUGGAGCUCACCUCUAAGAUUGUCAGCACCAAAGAGAAAGUGUUUGGGGAGUUUCUGAGCUGGGAGCUGGAGGAGGCUUUGUCUCACCUGCCUCUAAAGUCAGGCCAGGCCCUGACACUGACUGUCAGCAUCAAAGUCAAGCUGGACUUCUCUGGUCAGGAGAACCUGCUGCAGGACCUCAAUGAUGAUGGGAUCAGUGUGACAGGCCUGCCAAUCUCCAGUCCGCUGCGCCAAGUCCUCAAACCCAGGCCCGAGAACAAGACCGUCAGCAGUGAGUCCGGCAAGGCAGAGUACAGCCAUAUUAAGACUUUGGAAGCAGUGCUGAACUUCAAGUAUUCGGGGGGAGCAGGCAAAGUGGAGGGCUAUUACAGGGAGCUCUCUUUGGGAGUCCAUGUUGACGUGGAGCCGUCUGUAUUCUUUACCAGAGUCAACACCCUCCCUGCAACCAGCACUCGCCAGUGUCAUCUACUGCUCGACAUCUUCAACCCAACGGAGCACGAGCUCACUGUCAGCGCCAAGAACAACCAGGAACUGGUUCUCCAUGCCAGCGAGUGCCAGAGGAUGGCCAUCCAGGUUGACAAGUUUGACUUUGAGAGUCUGCCACAGCCGGACCAGGAGACAGCUCGCUUCACUAACCCCAAACAGCUGGAGGAGGAGCGACAACAUGCCCAGGGCUGCCAGAUCAACAGCAAGCUGGGCAUCUGUUGGAGCAUCCCUUCCCUGCGGCGCCAUGGAGAGGCCAGUGUGGAGGGAGUCCUCAAUCAGCUGGUCCUGGAGCACCUACAGCUCGCUCCUUUGCAGUGGGAUGUGUUGGUGAAUGGGAAGCCAUGUGACUGCGAUGUCAUUGCCGACUGUAAAGCGGGUGACGCUGUCACCCUGGAGGUACAAUUGACCAAUCGGAGCAAGAACUCAGUGGGCCCCCUGGCUCUGACUGUGGUGCCCUAUCAGGACUUCCAGAACGGAGUCCAGAACUACAAUCUGGAGGACGCGGUCACCUUCAUCGGCUCCAACACCUUCUAUAUUGACACGGUUAAACCUAAGGAAAACUCUGUCUGUGUGGGUGCCCUGCUCUUCCUCUACACUGGAGAUUUCUACCUUAAGAUCAAGUUCCAGGAUGACAGUGCUGGACGAGAGCUUCCUUUAGCCUGGUUCACUCUGCCCAGCGUCCACAUCCGAGCCCUGGCCACGCCGCUGCAGGCCGGGGCCUGAGGUUCCGGUGGCCUCAACAUUAUAGCUCUGAAUGAAGGAUGAAGAGUUUUGAUGUUGAAGUUCUCUGUAAAUACACAUUUUUUCUUGGGAAUUGAAUCACAUGUAAAUAUAAUUUUGGUAAAGGUUACAGCAUGUGUACAGUACACUGCAGGCACACAAAGUUACACGGACACACUCCCGCACACAGUCAGUGUGUAUGUGGCUAUCUAGCUAAUGAUACAGCUAACAUCUGUACAGUUGGCUGUUUGGGGUGAUUAAAAACCAUCCACUUUGAAUGUUAUCAGCCAAUUGAAUGGGCGUUAUCAGUUGUUUAUCACUACCAUAGAUAUGAUAUGGUCCUACCCUACCUCAGUAGGCCGUUAUCAUCUGUUGGUAAGCUGGAUCACCCAUCUGCAUCAAAAUAUAAAAACACUGAGAGAAACUGCUCGGCCGCGGCGCUGUAAGAUGAAGACCACCAAUGGUAGGGCGUAGUAUAAAGUAACAGUAGAAACCGUAGAAACAAACUCAGGACUUUCCCACUGUUCCACAAAAAGUCACCAAAAGUCAAAGUUGACUAUAAGUUACGAUUGCUACGUAAGUUAUGUUCCUAAUGUUCCUUGCGUGCCGUUCUUAACUAACAAACGUUAGUAUUUUAACCCAAAACAUGAUCUUUUCCUAUACUUUACCAAGUACUUUUGUUGCCUGAACCCAACCAAGUAAUGUUAUUUAUGUUAAACUUCACAACGGGAAUCCCAGAGCAUUAAAUAGUGACAUCAAGGGGUCCUGACCAAGCUAACAGCGACCAUUACCAUGUGAAUAGGGGUUAGAGUUAGGGUUUGAACCUACUAGUAGGUGUAGCCGGCCCCUUCUAACCCAUGUCUAUGAGGCUGAUAACCACUAAUAUCGCCCAUUUUAUGGAGUGAUAACAUCCUAAAUGGGUAUUAAAAACAAGCCGGUUCUAUUUCUUUUUCUGAACACAUUGUUAAAGGCUCGGACCUAAAUCACUUCAUUUCAGUGGAAUCACUGCCAUCAGUGGACUCUCUCCUGGAGUAAGUAAAUUUGCCUUUAAGUUGAACUUUGACACAUGAAUUUACGCUAUUGACCAAUAGCAAACCGCACUGACAACACUGAUCUUUGAAAGAACUGAGCCAGACGCUAAUUCUUUCUUCCUAGGACUGCAAAGUCAUGACCCGCCUUACUCUGCCUCUGAUUGGCUGGUACUCGUUGCCUUCGUUGGUUGGGUUGGUUAGGUCCAGGCAUGAGGAGUGAGAUUGGAUAGGAUAAGAAUACCAGGGUCAGUAAAUAAGAGGCAGAGUAGGGCAGGCCAUGCCUUUGCCAUCCUAGGAAAAACAAAUACCACAAGCCGGACAGUCUCGUGAUAUUUUAUUAAGCUAUCUUAUUAGCUGUGUCGCACCAUCCCUUUUCAUAUCACGCUGCUCUGCCAGAGUAUUAACUGCUCCACAAAAGAGAUGCAGUAUGGUUUGCACGGUCAAUCGUUAGACAGAAAUAAAUGCUACAAUUGCGUGUCCUUGAGUUAACUGUAAUCUUUCUUUCCGGUUUGCACCCUUUUGGCUAGCUAAUUUGCUAACUGGUAGUUAGCUAACUGCUAGCUAGCUAAACUGGUUGCAGUGAAUGAUAGCCAGGGCACGAAAUGCAAAUAGUCACUAUGUUACCAAGUUUCCAGCACCAACUGUUCUGCAAGGAUAUACGAACGUCCACUUUCUGGUGCGACCGAGCACCAAUAUUGUCACACUUGUUAUUAUCUUUAGCAGUAGUUUUUUUUUUUUUUUCAAUCACAGUGCCAUUUAUGUUAACUUGUAACACCGAAAGAAAAUUUGGAGAAUUGGUGUUAAGGGGCACAAGACUGCAAGAGGAGGAGGAGCUGCAAAACCAACACUGGAAAUGUGACAUAAGCCAGAGUCUAUAGCCAGUUAUGUACACAUAAAAUAUAUUUAUUUCUACUGCUGUAUGGAUAUUUUCUCUUGCCUCUGUGCCACCACAAGGAAUUACUGAUGAAUCUGACUGUCUUAGAUUAGCUUAUCAUUAUGUACAACCUAUAAUUGUUGUAAAUAAAUGCUAAAGGAAGCAACCUUUGUUUGUUUUGACAUAAUUGCAACUCUUUGCAUUUGUCUAAACCUGCCAUUAUA